CCCGUCUUCGCUCAGCGAUGCCCUUCUCCGAGACCGUCCUGCAGCCAUCCCCCAGCAAGAGGCUGAAGGGCUCGGUGCCCGAGCAGCCCACGCCACGGCUCCGCUUCACUAAGCUGUCCGAGAACGCCUCCGCCCCCUCCAGGGGCUCUGCGCGAGCUGCGGGCUAUGAUCUGUACAGUGCCUAUGACUGUGUGAUACCACCUAUGGAAAAGGCUGUAGUGAAAACAGACAUUCAAAUUGAACUUCCUUCUGGAUGCUAUGGCAGAGUAGCACCACGUUCUGGUUUAGCUGCAAAGCACUUCAUAGAUGUUGGUGCUGGUGUUAUCGAUGAGGAUUACAGGGGAAAUGUUGGUGUGGUACUCUUCAACUUUGGCAAGGAGUCUUUUGAAGUUAAAAAAGGGGAUAGGAUUGCCCAGCUCAUCUGUGAACGCAUUUGCUAUCCUGAGCUAGAAGAAGUUCAAGUUCUAGAUGAUACAGAACGUGGCGAAGGUGGCUUUGGUUCUACUGGAAGGAACUGAAAAUUAUUUGAAUAUGCUUUCUUUUUUUUAAUGCUAUUUCUAAAUUUGCAUUUGAAUUAGCAAUGAUAUUUUG